UGUAUAGAAUGCACAAUAUUUAUUCAGGAGCAUUUAUAUAUCAAACGAAAUCUACUUCCUUGAGGAUAAAUUCAAACCCUAAAUUAACAACGUCAUUCUUUACAACGACACAAACUAAUUCUAUCAGCCCAUCCGAACGGUAAUUAAGGUCUAUACUUGCAUACAACUCAUAUCGGUUGUACAAAAAUAAAAUUAAAAGUUUUUUUAGUCAAACAGAUUCAAAGAACGUGAGAUUAGACCAAACUUGGUAUAGUUUUUCCAUUUGAUCUCCCACCUUAAUUAAAUUGUUUUAUUCUUUUUUUUUUUUUUUUUUAGCAUUAUAUUUUAUUUGGGGGGUCCUUCUAGGAAUAGAGUACAGCCCUGAACAUAUAGAUUAAUCAGAGAAAAACAAAAAAACAAGAAUAGAACAGGGAAUUAGAGAACUGGACAACUAGUAGUGGGAUUGAUUGGAAAUAGAAAAGAGCUAGACAUUAAGUAUGUCAUCUCAGAAACCCAAGAAGAAUAGCAGGGUAAAGCAAGCUUGUGAUUUCUGUAGAUCGAGAAAGGCAAAAUGUGAUGGGAAAGAACCAGUGUGUUCUGCUUGUGUGAGUAACCCUGGCGGUUGUACCUACACAAAUUCACAUAAGAGAAGAGGAUUACCGAGUGGUUAUACCCAUGAUCUUGAACGUAAGGUACUUGUAUUUCAAGCUGUAUUUGCUGAUAUUCUUUGUGAUGGAAAUGAGAUUGCUAAAUUUCUCAAGGGUAAGCUCGAGAAUUGCUUGUUACCUAAUUCAAAAGAUAACAUUAUAACAAGGUUUGGAAUGCUACAAACUAAGUGGGACCAAACAGAAUCUUCAAAAUUAGUUGAUAUGUUUGUGAUUCAGAACAGUAGUGUCAUUCAAACUGCAAAGAAAUCAACCAAGGGCUUAACUCCACAUGAAGCGUUGGAGGGCUAUAAAUCUUCCCUAGAGGCGAUCACCCCACCAAAACACGUUGAGCAUCCACAGCGACCCUUAAAACAGGAAAAUACCACCCACGUGGAUAUACCGACAAAUGGUGGUGCUAAUAUUCCAAUGAAUAAUUCAAUGAUACCUAUGUCAAAUUCACAACUUGUUACAAAUACCCCUGGUACCUUGUCUAGCACCACCAAUGUUGCCCCUGGUACCUCCACCAAUAAAUCAACUGGAAUUGUAUCUACAUCUGGAAAUGUAUCUGCGACUUCCCAGGCAUUUAAUUCCCUCUUGAGUAACCCACUCUUCAAUGUCAGUAAUGGAUCACUUGUGCAAGAUUACAACUUGUUAAAUGACCCUUCAUUUUUCUUGAAAGAUGACAUCUUCCAAUUUAUCACUGAUGAAUUGGACACUGCCAAGGAUAAUUGGGAACCUAUUGCAUUACAAUACCAUGGAGUAUCGUCGCUUAUACUGGGAUUCACCUCAAGAUCUAUCCAACAAUACAACAACACUCUUACUUUUUCUUCUAAAAAGCCAUUCAGAGUUGGAUCAAUCUUCAAUAUCUCAUCAUCAGCCAUUACAGCAGCUAUAGAAAAUACCAUCAAAUUACCCUUGGAGAUUUUUGAGUUCCCUGAAGAUAUUAAAACUCUUGUUGAUCGUUAUUUUGUCAUUUACCAUCCCUGGUUCCCCAUGCUUAAUCGACUUUCAAUCAUGAGACAAGUUCAACAUUUACAAUCCCUUCGAAUGAAUUCAUCAUCUUCACCCACUUUCCAGGCAUCAGAUUGUAAUCUUAUUGCCUUAGUGUGGGCAAUUAUGGCGUUGGGUAAAAUGGGGUCUUCACCUCAAGAUACUUCAAGUACUGUUUGUGCUUCUUUUGCUAAAAAUUGUAUUAAAGCUUUGGAAAACUCACCCACUUCCACUAUUGAAACUAUUCAAACCAUGGUUAUUCUUGGAUUAUUUUAUUAUCAAUCUGGUGAUUGGGAUUAUUCUUGGGUCCUUAUAUCAUCUGGUACUAGAAUGGCCAUCGAUGUACGACUUAUGUCUCGAGCAGUAAGUGAUGAACAAUUAAAUAACCCCACAUCUUCUCAAAAAUUCGAUCUGGCUUCAUUGAAUAAUAUCAAUCGUGAAAGGACCUGGUCUUGUAUUUAUAUGCUAAAUACUUUACUUUCUUCUAGAAUGGGUCGUUCACCCUUGGUGAGAGCGAUGGAUUGGCCAAUUCCUAAAGUUAGUGAAGAUGGUUGGGAAGAAUGGGAAGCAUGGAAUUCAUAUCAUUCACCAAAUGUUUUAAAGUUGGAUUGUGGUAGAUGUUUACUGACAUUUAAUCAACUUAUUAAAGUCGUUUCCAUUUGGAAUCUUGCCCUUACAAGUACCAUAGAUAUGUCGGAACAUACAUUGGUUGAUGAUCAAGAUGAAACUGAGAUUUAUAAGAUUCCUAGACCAGAAAGUAAGGCAAGAAAACUUGGUCAUAAUACUCAUACCUUGGCUUAUUUCCAGAAAAGAUUGUCCGAUUGGCUUAAAGAUUUACCUGAUUAUUGUUUACUUGAACAUUAUCUGGAUAUGAGUAAAGUUCCUCCAUUUGUGGCAUUUUUACAUCUUGCCUAUGCCACUACUUGGUGUAUACUUGCUGUACGGUUGAGUGAACUUAGAAAGAGUCUUUCCAACUCUGUUAAAGAACAGGUUAUUGAAAUCAGAGACCAACAAUAUUCUAUGGCUAUAUUAUUAAUAAAGCGAAUCAUUACCAAGGCUUCUUUCAAUAAUCUUAAAGAUUAUCCAUUUAUGGAUUACUUUUUAAUCUUGGGAUUUUCAUUUCCUAAAAUGAUGAAAUUCGAAGGCGUUGAUACAACCACUCAUAUUCGAGAUUUCAAAAAGCUUCUCACACAUGGAUCCACAUUGACUGUUCCAUGUAUGAUAGCCUUGAAUGUGUACAAUAUAAUGAUUGAUGAUGACUCAGGGGUAGUCACAUCCACCUCGAAUAAAAAAAGACGUUUAGAAAUAGACUUUAAAGAAUCUGAAUUGAAAAAUCAGAAACUUUCAAGAACAUACAAAAGAACAAAUCCUCAAAGUACAGCUGGCUUUUCCCAAUCCAGUUCUAUAUCUUCUCCUAUGAGUAUAACAUAUGGUGGAUCUGCCAAUUCUUCUUCGGUCAACACUCCUUUCAACUUACUUCUGAAAGGUGGAUCCCCAAUGCAUACUUUUGAAUAUCGACGCAAUUUGGACACUUUUAUGAUUGAUCUUAACCCCAAAUGUCUCCCGCGUAGACAACAACAAUUCCAACAAAACUUGGGUUAUUUGUUUUCCAAUGAGGUAAAAAUUGAAAAUCAAGACUCCUUUGAUAUUCCCCAAUCUCAUAUGGGGGGCGGUGAAAUAUUGGCCCAAAACCUUGUUAUUCCUUCUCGAAUGCAACCAAUACCUCAAGUGUUCCCGAAAAAUAAUGCUUAUGUUACAAAGGCUAUGACAGGACAACACAACCAAUUUCAACAUCAAUAAAUGAUGCUACAUAAUAUUCAAUUGUGUGUGUAAUCAUAUAUAUAUUUAUUUAUAUAUAAAAGAAUUUAACGUUUUCAAUGACACUCCAAAUUUUAAAAUUGUAAUUUUU